AUGUAUACGUCCGUGAUUCGUUACACAUUUCUUGUGUUUCUCGUCACCGUCGGUGUGGAGUCGCUCAUUGCCCCAAUUUGUAGUGACACUCAAUUUUUAGCGCCAUGUGAACGAUAUACAUGUAUUCACGUAUGUCAAAGAGUACAUGGAUAUUAUGCCAUUGGAGCAUGCAAAAAUGCAGUUGUGUGUCGUUGUUAUUAUGAUUGUAAACUUAAGGCCGGGAAUCAUAUCAGUAGUCAAGACGAUCAUGUACCUUUUCACCCUAAUGGUUCCCCUCAUAGUUUGCCUACUAUUAAAUAA